CGGCAUUUAAACCAGAGACCCGGAGAUGCCCGACACUCGGUGCGCCCUUCGCAGACCUGGAGACCCAGAGCACCGCGGUAGCGGCGCUCUCCUUCGUCUUCCUCCCGCGUCGAGCCCGAGUGGCUCCGGCCGCGGUCGCACGCAGCGCCACGCGUCCACAGCGAAGGACCCGAGGACCCACGGAAGUGACAGAAUGAAUCGCACCGCAUACACUGUGGGAGCUCUGCUUCUCCUCUUGGGGACCCUACUGCCAACAGCUGAAGGGAAAAAGAAAGGGUCCCAAGGAGCCAUCCCGCCUCCCGACAAGGCUCAGCACAAUGACUCUGAGCAGACCCAGUCCCCACCACAACCUGGCUCCAGGACCCGGGGGCGGGGCCAGGGGCGGGGCACCGCCAUGCCUGGAGAGGAGGUGCUUGAGUCCAGCCAAGAGGCCCUGCACGUGACAGAGCGCAAGUACCUGAAGCGAGAUUGGUGCAAAACUCAGCCCCUGAAGCAGACCAUCCACGAGGAGGGCUGCAACAGCCGCACUAUCAUCAACCGCUUCUGUUAUGGCCAGUGCAACUCCUUCUACAUCCCCAGGCACAUCCGAAAGGAGGAAGGCUCCUUUCAGUCUUGCUCCUUCUGCAAGCCCAAGAAGUUCACCACCAUGAUGGUCACACUCAACUGCCCUGAGCUACAGCCACCCACCAAGAAGAAAAGGGUCACACGCGUGAAGCAGUGUCGUUGCAUAUCCAUCGACUUGGAUUAAGUCAAAGCGGGCACAUUCUGCCUGUCAUAGCCAUGCCGAGAGCCACACCCAAACCACCCGAUUCCUACUUGGCUUAAACUUAGAGGCCAGAAGAACCAACAGUUGCUUCCUGGCUGGAGGCUGCUUAUGCAUAGUGUAUACGCAUGAGUGUGCACGGGUGCCUGUGGGUGUUUCCAAACACCAGCCGGAAACAGCCUUUGCUAGAAGGCACUUUCUGUUUACUCUGCUUCAGAUGGUCGGAAAUGCCCACACCACCGGACCCAAACACCCACAGGGGCAGGGCUGUAGUUGGCUUUGUCAUUGUGUUCCAUGUGCCUCCUGGGCACCAGGAUUUCACUUGAGAAUGAAUACUGAACGGAGGAGGUAACUCUGAGGGCUAGACUCGGAACUAUUCAGUGCUUGCCCUAUGCACAACAGCCCAUCCCUUUCUUGGCUCUCCCUGACAUCUCAGUCUUAGCCCAUGUUCCUAAAUUAAUUCACUUGACCGCGGGUGUAAAUGUCUUUUAUCUUGUGAAGAACCUUCAGAAUGUGGGGAGACAUGUGGUGAUGGCAAACAGGACUGAGGAUUGACACAGGAGCGGUGAAGCUGAGGACCAGUCUGGGCCAGUGAAGUUCAGUAGCAACAUGUCCAGAGUUUAAAAGUUGUUUCCCAAAACAAUAUUAGCCUUGUUUUAGCAAAAGGGCUUUCCUGAUAUUUAAAAGAACCCAGACACACAGAGGACAAAUAUAAUCAGAAAAAAAAUAAAUAAAUAAAAUAAAAACCAAUUCUCUGUGCCGGCUUCUGUGACCUACUGAUACUAGCUGUAACCCAAUGUUAAGGGUGAAAUAUUGACCACUCCUGUUUUAAGAACCAA